CAACGGAAAUCACGUGAUAUCAAGGGGUAUUUAAACUACUGUGCCAAUAGUUCGUCAAUCUCCAAUUUGAUAGCAACAACCCAAAGGGGGAUUCGCCACCAUGAAUAAAGCAAUUUUAUUCAUCGUCGGGACGUUGUUAGCCGUCGUCAUUGUGGUUCAUUGUCAGAAGGUGAUGGUGAUCCGGCCCCAGACCGGGUACCGACCCAACUACAACAUGUACAACCAGAUGGCUAACGCCCGCCAACCCUCCUUCUCCCAGCAAGACGGAUACCUGUACGCUCUCAACAUUAACCAGCAAUACACAGAUGCCAACGAGGCCCAGAACCUACUGAGGACUGUGCAGGCCAUCCGACAGGCCACUUAUGACUCCAGGCUGGGGUCAAUUCUUAACCUCCUGUUGAGUACUUUUGUUGGUCUUUUGCUCACCAACUCCACCGGUGCUAUUGCUGGUUAAAAUGCAUAAAACUACUUCCAAAUCAGUUGUAUUGUUCAGGGAUGGGCGGCCAUAAUUAUUGCGUGAUGUUUACAAUAUGUGUUUCUUUCAAUAAAAUGACAUACCCUUUUAUUUUCUAUUAUUCUUGUACAAUUUAAUGGAUUAUGUUUUGUGAUUGAUGUCCAAUAAAUGAUAUCAGGACGA